UACAGUUCAGACGUGUCUAGUUACUCAACAUUAAAACUCAUCCCACCUAGUAUCCCUGCAUUUUACUUUGUGAUAAUUAACUGUGAAUGAUAAAAAAUCGUGUUCUAAGCAAUUAAAAACAGUGCAAUGCCAAAGCGCUAGUGUUUACCAUAAAUGAAUGAAACAAAUCUCUCUAACAUACCAUUAAACCCCAAUCACCAAUUAGUGUAAUUGUAAAUAAUCAUGGAGGAGAAUAAUCCGAAGAUUGAAUUUGAACUUGGUAAGGAAGUGUCACCGGGUAAUUUUUUCAAGAGUUCAUUCGCUCGUUCGUUUGUGUCAAAUUGUCACGAUAUAAAAUCCCUGGAUACUGAUUACGUGGAUAAUUUAAUGAGUGAGGAUCACUCGGAGGGAAAUCUCUCGACUGACACGAUAACCAGUAACAAUAAUUACUUUUCCCUCAACACUUUCGAGAGUCCCACCAAAGUCUUCGGCAGCAUCGAGUCGACAAAAGAAUCAACGCUGAAUGAAGCUGACGCUAGGGAGUUGAAUCACCUGAGGAAGCAAUGUCAAACACUGACAGAGGAAAAUCACAGACUGCACAGUGUCCUGAAGACAAAUCAGGUGCCGAGAAUUCAAGUUAUGGACAAUGUACUACUCCAGACACAGGUGGAUACCCUCAAGUGGCAGUUGAAACAGGCAGAAGCGAAUCAACAAAUGUACAGAUCUCUCAUGCGUCAGGUUGCACGUUUUCUGGACCGUACAAAAAAAAGCCUUGAUUACGUUAACGAGAAAAAUGCUAAUCGUAACAAACGUUCAUCAUCCCGUAGUAAUCGCAGUCAGAGUGUCUACAUCGAGGAAUCAUCAACGAAUUCAUCCACAGUGAUGUCCCCAAUAAAUAGCUCCAAAUUUACUCGUGCCAAAUCUGUAACGCAAAUUCCCGCAAAUGGCUGCUCGGGAUUUCGAGAAUUCACGUGGUCUGUACUCAGGAGGAAUGAUCCCGCCCAUUGUACACCACCGAGAGUUAAAACCGAUCGAAAGACGAAUGAGGAUCUCAAUAAAACACACGAAGGUGUUGUUUAUAGACGACCCAGUAAGGAUGCGAAUUCCGAGGAGAAUGGAGACCAUGUACCAACGGAAAAAUUAUCGCAGGAGGCAUUUAGAUUAAUGAGAACCGUGGAGUCGCUUCUAGCGAUGCGGCACCCAGACUUGGCGAUAACCUCAUCAUCCUCCUUCUCCUCUACGUUCUCCUCAGCAUCAUCCUCGUCAUGUGCCUCCUCCACCCACGAGCACACCAUAGACGACGACAACAACAACAUCUCGCUGACUCAAUUCCACAACGACAUAAAAGGCGCCAACUCAACGUUGAUAAGUGAUGGCUCCUUCAUCGAGGAGGAACUGUCCUUCAGAUCCCUCAACUCAACUUUCCUGAACGCCGAGUGCAAACCCAUCGAGAAGAAAGAGGAUAAAAAGAAGUCUCCACUGAGUUCUAUUUCUAGACAAUUGUUCAAGCAAACAGGAAGCUCAACGCCAAAUUCAAAAGCCAAGAGACCAGUCAAAGAGGACAGGCGGACAGCCUUGAAAGACGAUAAAACGAAUAACAUAAACAUGGCAGACGAUGAAAGUGGAUUUUCAUCGAUGAAUUCGUUUCAGGAUGUUGGUCUACCAAUGACCACUGUUCUCUCUCCGAUCAAGGGCUGUCACACGGAAAUAGGUCUGCCACGAGUGCCACGGGACAAGACGAACCACAGGAGGUGGUCCUCAACACCUGUUGAGCUCCAAACACUCCUCAAGAAGUGCAGCAAUGGAUUCAUGCCCAAUCGGUCCAACGUCGAGUCACUCAGUGUUUGGGUGUGAACAAUUAUGAUAUCCUCAUGACACAUUGUAAAGCACGACAACAACAACAUCUUGACAACUCAAUUCCACAACGACACAAACGAAACCAACACAACAUCGAUAUAUAAUGGCUCCUUCAUCGAGGAGGAGAUAUCCUUCAGAUCUCUCAACUCAACUUUCUUGAACGCCGAGUGCAAACCCAUCGAGAAGAAAGAGGAUAAAAAGAAAUCGCCACUGAGUUCUUUUUCGAGACAAUUGUUCAAGCAAACAGGAAGCUCAACGCCAAAUUCAAAAGCCGAAUACGAAUUACGAAUAACAUAAACAUGGCAGGCGAUAAAAGGGCAUUUUCGUCGAUGAAUUCGUUUCAGGAUGUUGGUCUGCCAAUGACCACUGUUCUCUCCGAUCAAGAGCUGUCACACGGAAAUAGGUCUACCGCGAGUGCCACGGGACACGACGAACCACAGGAGGUGGUCCUCAACACCUAUUGAGCUCCAAACACUCCUCGAGAAGUGCAGCAAUGGAUUCAUGCCCAAUCGGUCCAACGUCGAGUCACUCAGUGUUUGGGUAUAUCCAAACAUCAACAUACGACAACAACAUCUUGACGACUUAAUUCCACAACGACACAGAUGGCUCCUUCAUCGAGAAGGAACUAUCCUUAGGAUCCCUCAAUUCAACCUUCCUGAACACCGAGUGUAAAACCAUCGAGGAGAAAGAGAAUGAAACAAAUCACCACUGAGUUCUAUUUCGAGACAAUUGUUCAAGCAAACAGGAAGCUCAACGCCAAAUUCAAAAGCCAAGAGACCAGUCAAAGAGGACAGGCUGA